CCCACUGAGGGCGGUGCCGAAGUUAAGUACAAAUCAUUUCUACCGGAGGCGGGGCCAGGCCUCCAAAGUGCAGGCUGGCGGACCGCACCAGUCAAGGUGGGCGGAGCCGCAUGGAUUAAAUCGCCUGGCCGUGGAGGGGCCGGGGUCAGGCUGCCAGAGAACACCGAGGAGCGGCGGUACCCCGGGACUGGGGUCAGAGUUCCCGCGAGCGCGCGUGCGGGGUUUCCGAGGGGCGGGACGGGGCUGGGACCCGCCCCUGGCGUCACAGCGACGGGCGCCGGUCCGGGUGAGGCUGCCCCGACGGGGGAGCCACACCUCGGCUCCCAUGGCCGCGGCCGGAGGGCUAGAGCCGCCCGUGGAGGCCCCCGCUGCGGAGCCCGCGCCUCCGCCAGCCUGCCGCUUCUUCCUGGAGGGCCGCUGCCGCUUCGGGGCCCGGUGCCGCCAGCCUCAUCCUGGGGCGCCGGAGCCGCCAAGCCGCGAGGCCCGGGCGGAGGCCGGGGCCAAGAAGCCGCCGCUGCGCACGGCCGAGGCCGUCAUCCACCGCAUCCGCUGGGACCCGCACCUCGACCCGGCAGACUUCUCGGUGGGCUACGUUGACCGAUUCCUGGGCGUGCGCGAGGAACCCUUCAGCGCCUUCUGCUGGGACGAGCCGCUGGCAGCGCUGGGGCCCGGGGUCCUGGCCGUGCCGCAGCACCGGGUGCGCUACUUCCGCUUUCGCGGCCUCCUCGUGUGGGACCGCGCCUCGCGCACCGACUGCGUCUUCGGCUCGGGCUCGGCGCAGGGCCGUGGGCCCACCAUCCUGGACGCGCUGGGUGGCGAGGACGCGCACGGACAUGUAGACGCGCUCGUAGACAGGGACACACACAAGACAGGAGAUGCGCUUGUAGGCGACGAUGCACGUGGAGCCGAAGCCGCGCAGCACGAGGCCGCGACACCUUAUGGCGUCGGAACAGGAGCGUGCAGUGAGCAGGUCCAAACUGGGAUCCGGAAUGCCUUGGCUGUAGACGGCGGUGGCCUCGAGGCCGCGCGCUCGGCGCUGACAGUUUCUAAGUCCCGGAAGCGGGACGUGGGCGUGGCCAGCGCCCAAGCUUUUCUGUGGACUGAGCCAGCCACGACUGCCAGGACCGUGGAGCGCCAUGCCCUGGCAGCCUCAGGGUGGCCCAGAGGCCUCCCUAAUACAGAAGCAGAGUGGGGUCCAGAGGCCUGGCCUGAGAACAGCACAGAGGCCCCCAUGGCUGAGGCCACUGGCCCUCGCCAGCCCCGACCCACCCAUUUUGUGGCCCUCAUGGUGACAGACCCUGGGCUGCAGGCAGGAGUGGCCAAGGCCCAGGAAGAACUGGUUCGCACCGAGCCAUCCUGUGCUGCGUUCAUGGUGCCUGCACAGGCCCUGCACCUGACACUGGCCCUGCUUCGACUGGCAAGGCCCGGGCAGCUGACGGCUACAGUCUGUGCGCUGAGGCACGCGCUCUUGGACCCCGGGCUUCAGGUACCCCCAAGACUGAGGUUUAGGUGUCUGGUGCGUCAGGGCCACCGUGUGCUCUGUGCCCCCCCCUCCCCCUCCCUAGAAGGUAUGGCCCAAGCACUGAGCCAAAGGCUGGAGGCUGAGGGGCUCAGAGUGCUACAGUCCCCAGGGGGGCUGCACCCCCACCUCACCUUAGCCAAGGUGCCCCGGGGUUCCCCAGUCUGCCUCCCCACAACUGGGCUCAGCCAGAGGCAGGAACUGGGGAGCCAGGCCCUGGGGAAACUCUGGCUGUGCCGCAUGGGCAGAGCAGGGGACACGUACCAGCCCCUUGCUGAGGUCCCCCUGGAGUGACC